CCUUCUUCAGGGGCCUGUCAUGGCGACCCCCCUCCCACAAACGGCCGGGUCGGUGCCCGGUGACACCCCCCCUUCCUCGGGUCUGCGGGCUUCGGGUCACCGGGACACCCCUUCCUCAGGGCCCAGCGCCGAGUCCCCCAUGCCGGGCCCUCGCCCCGCGGCCCAGCCCCGGGAGUUUGGAAUAAGCAGUUUCAGGUGAACAGGCUCCUCUUAACCGAAAACAAUGUUUGCGGAUUUGGACUAUGAUAUUGAAGAAGAUAAGCUGGGGAUCCCCACUGUACCUGGGACAGUGACCCUGAAGAAGGACUCUCAGAACCUGAUUGGGAUCAGCAUUGGGGGAGGCGCACAGUACUGCCCCUGCCUCUACAUUGUCCAGGUAUUUGAUAACACUCCAGCAGCCUUAGACGGCACCGUAGCAGCCGGUGAUGAAAUCACAGGAGUGAAUGGGAAGUCCGUCAAAGGGAAGACUAAGGUGGAGGUGGCCAAGAUGAUACAGAUGGUAAAGGGAGAAGUGACGAUUCACUACAACAAGCUUCAGGCCGAUCCAAAGCAGGGCAAGUCUUUGGAUAUUGUAUUGAAGAAGGUAAAGCAUCGACUGGUAGAGAACAUGAGCUCAGGGACAGCGGAUGCCCUGGGGUUAAGCCGAGCCAUACUUUGCAAUGAUGGACUAGUGAAGAGAUUAGAGGAGCUGGAGAGGACUGCAGAGUUAUACAAAGGCUUGACAGAGCACACCAAGAGUCUUCUCAGGGCUUUUUUUGAGCUAUCCCAGACACACAGAGCAUUCGGAGACGUUUUCUCUGUCAUUGGUGUACGGGAGCCGCAACCAGCUGCCAGUGAAGCCUUCGUGAAAUUUGCUGAUGCCCAUCGCAACAUUGAGAAGUUUGGGAUUCACCUUCUGAAGACAAUUAAGCCGAUGCUUACUGACUUGAAUACAUAUCUGAAUAAAGCCAUUCCUGACACAAGGCUGACUAUCAAAAAAUACCUAGACGUCAAGUUUGAAUAUUUGUCUUACUGCCUGAAAGUCAAAGAGAUGGAUGAUGAAGAAUACAGCUGCAUCGCUCUGGGCGAACCACUCUACCGGGUCAGCACUGGGAACUACGAAUACCGCCUUAUCCUGCGUUGCCGGCAGGAGGCUCGCACGCGCUUUGCCAAGAUGAGGAAGGACGUGCUAGAGAAAAUAGAGCUUCUGGACCAGAAACACGUGCAAGACAUCGUGUUCCAGCUCCAGCGUUUUGUCUCCACGAUGUCCAAGUACUAUGACGACUGCUAUGCCGUGCUCCGAGAUGCGGAUGUCUUUCCCAUUGAGGUGGACCUUGCCCGCACAACUCUCAACUAUGGGCAGAAGGACACAUACACAGAUGGGGCAGAAGAAGAAGAAGAAGGAGGAAGCGAGAGAGAGGGUAGCGGGAAGGAGGACGCAAAUGGUGAAAAGCUCAUUGAUGAUGCCUGAGUGUGCCAGCAUGGCCAGAGGAAGGACUUUGCAGACUGUUAUAAAAACAUGUAUUUCGGAUGGCCAUUCAUCCUCUGUGAUUUCUGUGUGUGUCCAGCCUGGGAUUCCUCCUCUGCAUUGGGUGGGGGGUAGCUGGUUGGAUUGGGACCGACCUCUGCUUUCCUCUCUCUUCCCUUGCUUGUUUGCCUGGAUAUUCCUUUUUUCCCCCUCUAGAAGUCGCCCAACUUGGGUACUGAGGUGUGGGGAGGAAAAAUCUCCUACCGUGCUGCCAUGUGACUGUGCAGACAGGACACUGCAGAGCAGGUAGGAGGGACCACUCCCCUCUGGCACAUGGAAGCCAGUUUAAACAUCUGGAGAUGAUGGCAAAUGGUGAGAACAGCUCCCUUCUGUCUUCCCCUUGUGCUAUGGGGAAGCGUUCACACCAGCAUUGUUUUCUUCACCCCACUGCUCACCGUCUUCAAGCUUCCCAUUCUCUGGCCUGUUUUAAGCUUCCUCUGUCCCUUCCACCUGUCCCCAUGGGCUGCAGGACCAAUUUUUGCAGGAUGAUGGCUGCUGCCACUCCCAGCUCUCUGUGCUGCUGUUCGUAAGAAAUAGGAGCAAGUCUGAGCUGAUGCCUCGAACUGGUGGUGGUACAGGUGAUCUGAUCACCCCCCCCCCAUCUGAGGGGCUGGUGGAAGUAGCUGCCUGCCAUGCUGAGGUGCUGCAAAGAUUUGGGAGUCUCUUCCCCUGGCUGCCAUCCUCUUCGUGGUCCCUGAGCUCCUGCGCAGCUGGCACUGUCUGCACGCUCCAUAGCCACACCCCAGGGUUAGAAUCCUGCAGGAUGUGGCUCUGCCCUUCCCUGUGGGAAGGAGGGACCCGACUUAGGAAGGAGCCCCCCAUACUUGGCAGAGAUACUGAGGUGAGCGAGCUUGUCUUGAGGCAGACGGGUUCCUGGGAAUAGCAGCAAAGCUGCACGCAUUUCCUUUCCAUCGUUCUCCUCUCCUAUGGCACCGUGCGAUGGACAGUGACCAAUGUGCAGCCAGCCCUGCACGCUCUUUCCUUGUGCAGGCACCAGGAGGAGCCACCUUAGAACCGCGAAGGAGGCGUCCCAUCCUUAAACUAGAGAGGAGAGAUGGGAAGCCUCGCGGAGAGAGGAGGACAUGGCCUUUAGGCAGAGGCCUUGAGAUUCUGUUAGCGCAAAGCGUGACUAGCGUGCCACCCUCUGCUCUUGUCUCUGCACAACAAUUUUGUGCUGCCUCUGGGCCAGAAGCAGUAGCUCACAUCCCGUUCCCCAGCACAAGGGAAGAGGGGAAAAGGAAAACCGAGGUAAGUGAGGCUGCUUCCUUCUUUCCUUUUCUCCUCCCUCCAUCCUUUCGGCCUCAUCCCAGAUGCAGAUGGCACUUUCUCUUUUAGUGGGCAGCACAACUGCCGGGAGUGGUGUGCUUCCCAGAGGCAAGGGGUUUGGACUUCUCUGACAUUACGUUUUAGUGGUAGGGAAAUAAAGUUAUUUAAGGGCAUUAAUUUAUGAUCAAGAUGUUUGUUUUGUUUUGUUUUUCUCUUUGAUUUUUGUUUUUUUGGAGCUUUGUCAUCUCUGUGGGUGCCUGGAAGAAAGCCAUCCAUGGUCAAGCUGCUCUGGAAGAUUUAAAUGGACUCUGAUGUACUGACUGUUGUCUCUAAUAAAGAAAAA